GAUACUUCUGAACUUCUUCCCCAAGCUUCAUUUAUUAUCUACAGGUAUAAAUAGGGAAAGAUUAAUAUCAUUGAGUCCAUCCCAACAAAUUAGGAACCCUAGGCCUAAAUCAUGAAAAAGGCAACAAUGGCUACUUUUUCCCCAAAGCACUCAAGCAAGUAUAGUGCUAGAUCUAUUAGUUUACCAACAAGAUCACACCCUAGCACAAUUCAGAUUGAAGAGGAGCUGAUCAAGCUUAAAUCAUGGGAAUCACCAUCAUCAUCAUCUACCUCAAAGGUUGAAACAAUUUGUUAUGGUCUUUCUGGCCUUAUAGAGUUGUACAAGUGUAUAGAAGAUCUUCUCAAAUUGCCACUCACCCAACAAGCACUAUUCCAGCACAAGAAUGAGAAAUGGAUCAAUGACUUGUUGGAUUCCCCUUUGAGAUUCUUGGAUCAAUUGGGCAAAACAAGGGAUUCAAUUUUGUCAAUGAAAGGAAGAGUUGAAGAUCUUCAAUCUGCACUCAGAAGGAGAAAGUUUGGGGAUUUAGGAAUUGAAAGCAAUCUCUCUGCAUAUUGGAGCCUUAGGAGGAACAUGAGAAAGGAAUGCACAAAAUCUCUGCUUUUAUUGAAGCAGAUUGAUGGGUCAUUUGGAGCCUUUUUUCCUCUUGAUCUUGAUGACCACCUUUGUUCAAUUGUGAGAGUGUUAAGAGAAGCUAGUUUGAUCACUAGCUCAAUUUUUCAGUCACUUGUUGUGUUUGUUUCUUCACCAAUCUUGAAAUCAAAGCUUAAUAAGUGGGCACUAGUUUCAAGGUUGAUGCAGAAAGGGGUGCUUGCUAGCAAUGAUCAACAGGAGAAUAUCAAUGAGUUGGAAAAAGUGGAUUUUGCACUUAGCAGCUUGAUUAUGGAGAAUGUGAGCAAAGAUGCUGAGGCUGAGAAGAUUCAAUCUGCACAUAGAAGGCUAGAAGCUUUGGUUGUUGCUAUCGAAAGGAUUGAAAACGAAUCAGAAUGCUUGUUUAAGCGCUUGAUUAAUACUAGAGUAUCUUUUCUGAAUAUAUUUUCUCCUUAAGAACUCAAGUGCCUUAGGGCCUUUUCCAUAUGUGCAAAUAGAGUUGUUAUUGUACAUUCUGUUUCUUUCUCAAGUUUCCUUGAAGGAUCUUUAACUUUCUGAAGCAUACUGUACUUGCUUUGAUAUCUUUUUGAAUGGUGGUCUCAAAUUUUGUCAUUUCAAUGAAGGUCAGGUAUUAAACUA